UGCCAGCGGACGCAGAAGUGUUAACAUCAUUUCUUUCUCCAUGCGCGUUUUUUGGCCGCUGCGGCUCCGAUCACGAUCGCUCGCCGCCGAACUCGGUCGCUGAAGACCUCCAGGCCGGUGUAGGGCCCAGUGCGUGUGUGCGUGUGCGUGUUGUGCCGUGUAGACCUGUUGGCAACCAGUGCAGUGGCAGACUGGCACAGACCGGCAGUGUCCGCCAUGCAGACCAGCUGAUCGGCUCGGUCUGCGCACGUCCUCCGUGCUCCGUGCUCCACGGCCGCCGUCGGCUGAGCGCCGCGACGCCCUAGCGGCGUCUUCCUCUCGUCCAAACUGACAUCCGCCGUCGCCGAGCUGGGGACCCUCAGGCUCGCCUUCCCCGCCGGGAUGGAAGCGAGCGCCCUCGAGUACAGCCGGGGCGGGGGCGGCCGCGGGACGCUGGACUUCCAGCACUCGCCGCUGGGCGGCUCGGUGGCUGACUGCCCGCCCGGGCCUCAGGGGCCGCACCAGACCGAGUUCAAGCAGUUCAAGCAGGAGUACGGCCACCACAAUGGCCACCCGCAGGCCGCCAUGGACCACGACGACAUCAAGAGCUGCUACUCCAGCACGCCCUCCACGCCGCCCACCCCCAUGGCCGAAGUGGAGUCCCUACCCGCGCCGACAAAGGGCCGAGGUCGCAAGCGGGCAGGAGUCAACAAGGGACGGGACGGGCUCGGCUGGCACGCGGUCGACCACGGCAACCCCGAGAUCUUCGGCUCCAAGGCGGACCUGCAGAUGCACACCCAGCUGCACAUGCGCGAGGCCAAGCCCUACAAGUGCACGCAGUGCUCCAAGACGUUCGCCAACUCGAGCUACCUGUCGCAGCACACGCGCAUCCACCUCGGCAUCAAGCCGUACCGCUGCGAGAUCUGCCAGCGCAAGUUCACGCAGCUGUCGCACCUGCAGCAGCACAUCCGGACGCACACGGGCGACAAGCCCUACAAGUGCAGGCACCCGGGCUGCAACAAGGCCUUCUCGCAGCUCUCCAACCUGCAGUCGCACUCGCGCUGCCAUCAGACCGACAAGCCCUACAAGUGCAACUCGUGCUACAAGUGCUUCGUGGACGAGCCCUCGCUGCUGGAGCACAUCCCCAAGCACAAGGAGUCCAAGCACCUCAAGACGCACAUCUGCCAGUACUGCGGCAAGUCGUACACGCAGGAGACGUACUUGAACAAGCACAUGCAGAAGCACGCGGAGCGCACGGACAAGCGGCCGCCCAUCAUCGGGCUGGGCCGCAACGCGCUGCACAACAUGCACCACGCCUACUGGCCCAAGGUGUCGCCCGACACGGCCAACUCGCUCGUGGACGCCAUCAACCAGCACGAGCGCGCCAGCAUGGAGGCGUGCUUGCAGCAGCAGCACAACGGCAUGCUGGGCGACCACCACAUGGUCAGCUCGCACCACCGCGCCCUCAUGGAGCACCACCGGCAUAUGAACGGCACCCCGCAGCCCCAGCAGCAGACGCCGGGCGGCGGCGCGUCCUCCGGGGAGAACGGCGAGGACCUGGUGGUCAUCCGGUCGCAGCAACAGCAGCAGCAGCAACAACAGCAGCAGCAGCAGCACCAGCAGCACCAGAGCAACAACCCCGGCUCGUCGCCCACCCCCGCGCCGCAGCAGGUGAUCGUGUCCUCGCCCUCGUCCGUGCCCAACGGGUACGAGCUGGGCGGCGGCCUCGGUGGCGGCCUCGGCAGCAUCAAGACGUCGACGCCCUCGUCGACGUCCGCCUUCACGCCCAUCCAGUCCAUGGGCUCGCUGCCGCCGCACCACCACCUCGGCGGCGUGCACCUCAACCCCCACCAGCUGGGCAUGCCGCCCGCCGCGGCCCGGCCCGCCUACAUCCCCUACGACUCGCUGUCCUUCCCGUCGGGGAAGAUGGGCGGCGUGGGCGCGGGCGUGGGCGGCGGGCUGGGCGGCCAGCAGGGCGGCUCCUUCCCCAACCAGCUCAUCUCGCUGCACCAGAUCCGCAACUACGCGCACCAGCCCAUGGUGGGGGAGCACCUCCUGGCCGGGCUCAAGGACAAGGCGCAAUAGUGGCACGCGCCCAAGGUGGAGGCCGACGAGCAGGACCUCUUCGGCUGGCCCUGACGGGUCAAGCCCUGACGGGUCAAGCCCUGACGGGUCAAGCCCUGACGGGUCAAGCCCUGACGGGUCAAGCCCUGACGGGUCAAGCCCUGACGGGUCAAGCCCUGACGGGUCAAGCCCUGACGGGUCAAGCCCUGACGGGUCAAGCCCUGACGGGUCAAGCCCUGACGGGUCAAGCUCUGACGGGUCAAGCCCUGACCAGGGCCCUGAGCGCCCUCCCAGCGCCCUCCACCUUGCCGCGCCGCCCUGCGCGCGCGUGAGUGAGUGCGUGAGUGAAUGUGAGAGUGAAUGUGUGUGUGAGUGAGAUAGCGAAUGUGCUGCGUGACGUGUCGUGACCGCCCGGAACUGUGCACGCUGGUUUAGUCGAACCGGCCGCCAGAUCAGCGCAGUGGGAAGCGCUGCGCGUCGCCAAGCCGCCCACCAGACCAAAAAUGAUCAGAUUACCUCAAUUUAUAAAAUGUUCCCUUUUUAUAUAAAAAUUGAAAACAAAAAAUA